AUGGUGCAAAGUAAAAUAUUCGCGCGAAAUCGAGCGCUUGGAUAUGUCAGCAAUAGCGUACCUCUCGUUACGAGGUAUAUCCUCAGAAGAAAAGAACAUCUCAUCGUCACGUGCGUAGGCAAGGAGUUCCACACUUAUGGAUGUAAACAUUUUACUCUGAUGAGUGUUUCGGGUACGCAUCCCGACGAUAUCACCUGCCUGGUUACAGACACGUUUCACGUGUACACGGCCAGUGCGAAUAAAAUUUUCGCGUGGCGCAGAGGAACAGAGUUGAAGCACACUUACGAGGGUCACGAUUGUACGGUUCACAUAUUGUUGCCAUUCGGCGCGCACUUGCUCUCUGUUGACGUAAACAGCACCUUGAAGGUAUGGAGCAUUAAGGAGGAAAGUCUCUUGCUGGAGUUGAACUUUAGUAACACCAUCUUCAGGAUAACUGCGUUGAUGCAUCCCAACACGUAUAUGAACAAGAUUCUGCUGGGCAGCGAACAGGGCCAGCUACAACUGUGGAACAUCAAACUGCCCAAGAUGGUACACACGUUCAAGGGUUGGCAGAAUAGUGUGAUGGCGUUGGAGCAAGCACCCGCGAUAGACGUGGCUGCUAUAGGUUUAUUCAAUGGUCGCAUUAUUCUGCAUAAUCUCAAAUAUGACGAGACUAUUUUUGAGCUUGUGCAAGACUGGGGCCCGGUGAUAUCCAUCAGCUUUCGUACUGACGGUUCCCCCAUCAUGGCGACGGGCAGUAUGUCUGGUCAGAUCGUAUUGUGGAAUUUGGAGCAACGAACAGUGGAAAGCCAGCUAUGCAAGGCACACAACUCUUCUGUCACAGGUCUAAAAUAUAUACCAAACGAGCCAUUAUUGGUUUCGUCUUCGCCAGACAACUCUCUUAAACUAUGGAUAUUUGAUGUGGCUGAUGGCGCCGGCAGACUCUUAAGGAUUAGAGAAGGACACUCUGAUCCUCCAACAAUUGUUCGAUUUUAUGGAAAUGAUGGCAAUUAUCUGUUGACUACUGGUGGUGAUUCCUCACUUCGGCUAUUUUCUACUGUCACGGAGAUAAUGAACAAAAGUCUGGGUAGAGCCUCGUUUAACAGGAAAGCCUCUAAGAAAAAGGGUCACUCAGUUGACGAUCCGAUGUUAAUGCCGCCGAUAACUGAACUUGCAUCCGAGAUAACGCGGGAAAAGGAAUGGUGCAACAUAGCAGCUACUCAUUCUGGUUUAGGCAUGGUCACUACAUGGUCGUCUCACCUUCAAAAAAUGGGCGACCUGAAGUUGCUUCCCGAGAGAUUUAAAAGCAAUUCUAAUUUUGUUACUGCAACCACCUUGUGUUUAACAAGAUGUGGAAAUUUUGUUGUAAUCGGUUAUAGUACGGGCCAUGUUGAGAGAUUUAACAUUCAGUCAGGGAUCCAUAGAGCAUCCUAUGGGGACGAGAGUGGCGCUCACGAGGGUCCCGUUAAGGGUGUCAUGGUUGACGAUUUGAAUCAAACUCUCAUCACAGCUGGCAAAGAUGCAAAAAUCAAGUUUUGGGAUUUUAAACCUAAAAAAGAUAUAAAUAUGGCAAAAACGAUAUUAAUAAUGGAAGACUCGAUCGAAUGGAUACGAUGUCAUAAUGAGAGUUCCCUUGUGGCUAUAGCCUUGCAAAAUUUUGAUGUUAUGCUAAUGGAUGUAGAUACAAGGAAGAUAGUUCGUCAUUUUCAAGGGCACGAAGGACGAGUAACAGAUGCUUGUUUCAAUCCUGAUUCUAGAUGGCUAAUCACAGCAUCUAUGGAUUGCACAAUCCGCACUUGGGAUAUACCAUCGUCACACUUAAUAGAUAUCUUUCAGGUUCCUGAAGCUUGUAUAUCUUUAAGUUUCUCUCCAACGGCAGAAUUUCUUGCGACCGCACAUGUACGUCACUUAGGUAUCUUUUUAUGGUCGAAUCGUAUGCUCUAUUCGCACGUUUCGUUGAAAGCUAUUAGCAAAGACGAUAUAAUACCUGAAGUAGAACUUCCUGGAUAUUCCAAAGAAGUUGAGAAAACUGAUGAGGACGAUGUCCUUAUUGAAGAGCCAGAUUACGUGUCUCCCGAUCAACUUGACAGUGAUCUUAUAACUAUGUCUGCCGUGGCUCAAUCUCGAUGGCAGAAUAUACUCGACAUCGAUAUCAUUAAAAAGAGAAACAAGCCGAAGCAACCGCCUAAAUUUCCAGAGACGGCGCCGUUCUUUUUGCCUACGAUUCCAUCAUUGGAAUUACGUUUUGAUCUCCCUGAUGUCCCAAAAACUAACGAAAACGUCAAAAGUACUCGUGUCCAUCCUACUUUACAAAAUGUUACUUCGUUCAACAAGAGUCUUCAAUCAAUUACCAACAAUUUUUCGGACGUGAUAGAAAAACUGAAGGCGAUGAGUCCCAACAAUAUCGAUUUCGAAAUUCAGUCAUUAUCUUUGGAUGAGAAUUCUGCUGAAUUAGCAGUACUACAGUUUAUGAAGAUGCUUCAUUACAUGAUGGAACAACAGACAGAUUUUGAAUUGUCACAAGCGUAUUUGGCGGUGUUCUUAAAGUGGCAUGGUCCAAUAAUCUUGGAAAAUGAUAUGUUACGAGAUUACCUGAAAAAAAUUCAGGAAGCGCAAAUGAGAAAUUGGUCUACGCUACGAGAGAAAUUAUUUUAUAACUUAAGUGUUGUACAACAUUUAAAAAAAAUGUAAAUAAAAAAGCAUUAUUUUUAUAUUAUGUAAAUAUUUUGUAUAUCAUGUAAAUAAUUGACAAAUCACCACAGAAUAAAUAAAUUGAAGUAUUUUAUUUAUUUUCAA